AUGGCUGAGGAGAGCAGAGAGGCGCUGCUGAAGAAGGUUUACUAUGAGAACUGCCCUGGCUGUAAGGUUGAACAGCGUAAAGAGUUGCAAAGAGGGUUGCCCAUUAAAAUGCUUGUCGCUGUAUGGCUUGUUGUUCUUUCAGCUGCGCUGCCGAUAUCGUCUCUCUUUCCAUUUCUUUACUUUAUGAUCAGGGAUUUGCAUAUUGCUAAAAGAGAGGAAGACAUUGGCUACUAUGCGGGUUAUGUAGGGGCUUCAUUUAUGAUUGGCAGAGUUUUGACAUCAAUUUUUUGGGGAGUGGUGGCUGAUCGCUACGGUCGCAAACCUGUCAUAAUAAUAGGGAUUGCUGCAGUGGUUAUUUUCAACACUCUAUUUGGACUCAGUGUAAAUUUUUGGAUGGCCAUUUCUACACGCUUUCUUCUUGGAUGUUUGAAUGGUUUACUUGGACCGAUAAAGGCAUACGCAAGUGAAGCCUUUCGAGAAGAACACCAAGCUUUAGGCAUGUCAACAGUCAGUGUGGCCUGGGGUAUCGGAUUGAUCAUUGGCCCAGCUUUGGGAGGCUUCUUGGCCCAGCCAGCGGACAAGUAUCCAAAUAUAUUUUCCCAAAACUCCAUAUUUGGGAGGUUUCCGUACUUCUUGCCUUGCCUAUGUAUAUCGCUUUUUGCAUUUGGAGUAUGCAUUGCUUCUUUCUGGCUUCCGGAAACUUUACACAAGCACAAUGGAAAUACUAGAUUGCAAGAUGAUUCUUAUGAAGCUCUAGAAACUGCAUCCUAUGGGUCUUUUGCAAAUGAAGGAAAACAAAAAACUGAAGAACAGAUACCUAAAGAAAACCUCUUCAAGAAUUGGCCCUUAAUGUCAUCAAUCAUUGUUUAUUGUGUUUACUCACUUCAUGACAUGGCUUAUACAGAGAUAUUUUCAUUAUGGGCCGUGAGUCCUCGAAAGCUGGGGGGUUUGAGCUUUUCAACUGAGAAUGUUGGUGAAAUUCUUGCAAUUUCAGGUUUUGGUCUUUUUGUGUUCCAAAUCACCCUAUACCCAUUUGUGGAAAGGCUUCUUGGUCCUGUAAUGAUUGCUCGCAUUGGAGGGAUAUAUCACAAUACCUACCUGCUGUCAAGUUACCCAUUUAUAGCAAUGUUAUCGGGGUUCUCCCUCUACCUGAUGUUAAAUAUUGCAUCUGUGCUGAAGAAUGUCUUAUCUAUCACAAUUGUAACUGGAAUGUUCAUUCUCCAAAACAAAGCUGUGGACCAAAGACAAAGAGGUGCCGCGAAUGGCAUUUCUAUGACAGCAAUGUCUCUGUUCAAGGCAAUUGGUCCAGCUGCUGGUGGUGCACUGUUUUCUUGGGCGCAAACACGUCUGGAUGCUGCCAUCCUACCUGGUAGCCAGAUGAUUUUCUUCAUCUUGAAUGUGGUGGAGGCAAUCGCUGUUCUGAUGACAUUCAAGCCGUUUCUCACUCUACGUCAUGAAUAG